AUGGUUCAGUUACUCGGAAAAGACAUUGGUACCACCGGAUAUGGCAUGAUGGGUCUCUCUUGGCGCCCAGAGCCUCAACCCCUCGAAGAAUCCCUUAAAACCCUAAAAGCUGCACUCGACAAAGGUUGCAACUUCUGGAACGGGGGUGAGUUCUACGGAACUCCUGAGUACAAUUCCCUCACCAUCUGCGCCGCCUACUUUGAAAAAUAUCCAGAAGAUGCAGACAAAGUUGUUUUGAGUAUCAAAGGUGGUUUAAAUCUAGAGAAAUUUGCCCCUGAUGGAAGUCCAGAAGGUGUUAGAAAGAGUGUGGGUACGUGUUUAGCACUUUUAAAGGGCAAGAAAAAGAUUGAUAUUUUUGAAUGUGCAAGAGUGGAUAAAAAUACCCCGAUUGAGGUUACGAUGAAGGUUUUGGAGGAGGAAUAUGUGAAGACGGGGAAGAUUGGGGGUAUUUCUUUGAGUGAGUGUUCGGCGGAGACGGUCAGGAGGGCCGCGAAGGUUACGAAGAUUGUGGCCUGUGAGGUUGAGGUUGCUUUGAACACGUUGGAUAUUUUUCAAAAUGGGGUUGCCGAAGCUUGCAGAGAACAUGAUAUUUUGGUUGUUGCAUACUCACCGUUAGGCCGAGGUUUGUUGACCGGUGCAAUUCAAAAGCUAGAAGAUCUCCCCGAGGGUGAUAUGCGUCGAACCUAUCCACGAUUCCAGAAGGAACACUUUGAACAUAACAAGAAGCUUCUUGAUGCUGUGACAAAGAUUGCGGAGCAAAAGAAUUGUACACCGGCUCAAAUCGCUGUCAAUUGGCUCAAAGCUAUUUCCAAGAAAGACGGCAAUCCUGAAAUCAUCCCAAUUCCUGGUGCCACUACAAUCGAUCGCAUUGCAGAGAAUGCAAAGGAGGUAUCUUUAAAUGUAGGCGAUUUGGCGGAGCUUGAUUCGAUAAUAAAACAAUUCCCAGGUUCAGGUCAUCGUUAUCCGGAACAUGCACAAAGCACACUAGAAGGUUAA